GUACGUAAAACAGCUUGCCAAAUUUACAUUACGUACGUGCAAAUUCUCUUGCAAUUUCGAGUUUCUCUAAAACCCAUAAUGUCGACAAAACGCUCUGGACCGACAAAAGCACCUGCGGCAGGGCCCAAAAGGCAGCGGAAGAUGCUAUCUAUCGCAGAUAAAGUUAAACUUCUGGACAUGUUAAGAGAAGGUAAAAGCUAUGCGGCUGUAGGUCGGCAUUAUGGAAUUAAUGAAUCUUCCGUUCGUUCCAUAAAGAAGGAAGAAAAAAACAUAAGGACGACAGCAGCAAUAAGUUUUAAUAAGGAUGCAAAAAGGGUUGCAACUGUCCGCAACAAGACCAUGGUAAGGAUGGAGUCUGCAUUAGCUCUGUGGAUUAAUGACUGCAGGAAAAAAAACAUUAUGUUGGAUACAAACGUUAUCUGCACAAAAGCGAGAAUACUGUAUCAAAACUUUGCUGACAGUGACAGGGAAGAGGAGGAGGAUGCCGGGCCAUCAACAAGUGCUGUUCACGCAGUACCAAGCGCAUUUAAUGCCAGCAAGGGCUGGUUUGAAAACUUUAAGAAACGCUUUGGACUUAAAAAUGUUUCUCUGCACAGAGAGAUGGCCUCUGCGAAUACCGCUGAAGCAGAAGCGUUCGUGAACAAUAAAUUCAAAGCGAUCAUUGAGGAAGGGGGAUAUAAGCCUGAACAAGUUUUUAACAUGGAUGAGACUGGCUUAUUUUGGAAACGAAUGCCCUCCCGCACCUUCAUCAUGCAGGAAGAAGCCAAAGCCCCAGGAUUUAAAGCUCAAAAAGAUUGUUUGACUCUGGUUAUGUGCGGAAAUGCUGCAGGUUUCAUGAUUAAACCAGGGCUUAUUUAUAGGUCUAAAAAUCCCAGAGCACUGAAAAACAAAAAUAAGGAUGAUUUGCCCGUUUACUGGAUGUACAAUGCAAAGGCUUGGAUGACAAAAGCGCUCAAUCUGGAUUGGUUCAAAAACUGUUUCAUCCCGGAGGUCAAGUGUUAUUUGAGAGGAAAGGGACUAGACUAGUGCUUCUGCUCGUUGACAACGCCGGAGGUCACGCUGAUGAUCUGGCAUAUGAUUGUGUGGAAAAAACUGUGGCCAGAGGCAGUGCAAAACCCAACCGGAGGCUCGCUUGACGAGGUCCAUCACUCUGCCGUAGAUACAACUGUGAAUCUUGCUAAACAGCUUGGAGGAGACGGCUUUAAUGACAUGAGUCCGGAUGACAUAAAUGCCCUGAUUGAUGCAGACACACAUCCGCUGACCGAUGCAGACCUGGCAGAAAUGACAAAGCCACAAAGCGACGAUGAAAGAGAAGAGGAAGAAGAGGACGCAAGUGUGGCUAAAGAUGAGGAGAAAGGACUAACACUUGGUCGCUUAGCAACCAUGGUGAGAAUGGCCACUGAACUUCAGCGAGUAGCUCAAGAAUGGGACCCUUUGAUGAGCCGUUCAUUACAGUUCUCCAACAUAAUCGAUGGUGGCAUGUCGGUGUAUAAGGAUCUUUUUGCAAAGAAGAAAAAAGAGCGACAACAACUGCCUAUCACUAUGUUCUUCUCCCGAACACACCUGCACCACGGGCUUCAAAAGAAGAAAACACUGCAGAGCGGAGUCAGGAUGCAGCAGCUCAGUCUGAAGAGCAGUGAAAUACACCUGAGUCACUAUUUGUCCGACUGUACUUUGUAUUUUUUUCAUAAUCAUUUUUAAUUUUCUCCCGUUUAAUCCAAUUACUCGGGUCGCGGUGGGCGGUGCUAAUCUCCGCAAUUUGAAGCCUUCUGUUCACAUUGAUGAUUAAAAUUAUUAUUUGACAGUACAGUACAGAAGUUAUUUGUUGAAAAAAACGUUUCUAAAGUACUUUUAUUUGUGAAACAAAUGCUUGAGCCUGUAAAAUGGUUUGUUCUUUCUUUUCAAUGUAUAAUAGAGUAUUUAAUUGUAUUAUAAUUGUAAAAAAAAAUAAAGGUUUCUACUUCACGGA